AUGCAAGGGUUCCAGAAGGAGCUACCGCGUUCUUUAAUCACGAAGUACUCGGAGGCUCGAUUGGUCACGUUUGCCGACGUUAGUAUGGAAGCCAUGGCAUCAUGUAACUACCUAUGCUCCGGAACAUCGGUUGACUUACUCAUGGCUAAAGGGAAGCUUCCGUCACUAAAAACUCUUCCUUCCGUCACUUCCGAAAAUGACUAUUCCCAAAAUGGAACUAAGCGCAUUGACUUUUGCUAUGCGCCUUACAAAUUCGUCAAUCCUCAUCCUGACGGAUUCGGAAAUAGUAUUGAGUUGGAUUGCAAAAGAUUCGCAAGCGGAUAUGAGCCCUUUCGUGAUCACAGCAACCCAGCAGUUUGCGCCACGAGAGAACUCGACAAAACGCAAUUAAGGGAUCACUUCUGGUGGAAUGGGCCCAGAUUCCUGUCCAAUAAUGCGAACACAUGGAAAUACGCGUAUACUCCGAUUCUGAUGAGCACAUCCCAUGACGAGGUUGAAAAAUGGGACGAUGUUAAAGACACGGCCACAGAAAAUCGCGUAUUAACAUGCAUAAAAGAAAAGUUUGAAGAUAUUUUUCAGAGCAUUCGCUUUUCGAGUUUCUCCAGUGUUAAAUGCGUGGUCGCUUAUAUUCUGCGGUUUAUUACCACCCUUAUUGACCGCAACAUCUCCGCGUACGCUCUCACUGAUUUUUCAACAGAUGAAAGACUCUAUGGGAGACUCAUUAAGAGUAAAAGGGACAGAAAUGCUUUUGGCGGCUGCGAUGCUAGUCAAACAGCACCAGCUUUCCCACGCUCCUCAGAAAUUCUCAAGUCGCUUCAUCACCUCAAUCUUUACGAGGAGUACGGAAUAGUGAGAUGUCGCGGAAGACUGGGGGAAAAGCGAUCUAGAAGAGGAAGCCAAGUUUUCCAUGCUCAUUCUCCAAAAGACGUGGCUUUCUCAGAUGAUCAUAACAGACUGCCACAGUAG